AUGGCAGAAUUGGAGCUGGCACCGUCGUUUGGGGUGGAGCUCAAAGAUGGCUUMAAGCCAGUCAAUGCCUGGGUAGCUGGCGGUAUUGCGUGGCUGGAUGACAUGCAACAGUUCUACCGCGAGCGCAGUGCCAUCGAAAAGGAAUACAGCCAGAAACUCAGCGCUUUAGCGAAGAAGUACUUUGAGCGAAAGUCCAAAAAGAGCAGCAGCCUCAGUGUUGGCGACACUCCGACCGUCACGCCGGGCUCACUCGAGAGUGCAUCAAUGACCACGUGGACAGUCCAACUCACCACCCUAGAAGGUCGUGCGGCCGAGCAGGAUCGCUUUGCGAACCAGCUGAUCUCGUCUGUGGCAGAGCCUCUCAAAGCCCUGGCUGCGAAAUAUGAAGACUUGCGCAAGCAGCACGUUGAAUACGCGAGUAAGCUGGAGAAGGAGCGGGACGGCACUUACGCCGAUUUGAAGAAGAUCAAAGGCAAAUACGAUACCGCCUGUCAGGAGGUGGAGAAUCGACGGAAGAAGACAGAGAGUAGCUUCGACCAUGGCAAGCAAAAGGCACAGAGCGCGUUCCAGCAGCAGCAGGGAGAGAUGCACAAUGCGAAGAAUACGUAUCUGAUCACAAUCAACGUUACGAACAAGCAAAAGGAGCGAUACUACCACGAAUAUGUUCCCGAGCUGUUAAAUUCGCUUCAGUCCUUGUCAGAAACUCGAACGUCCACACUCAACCAUCUAUGGUCAACAGCCUCGUCUAUGGAAACACAGACUCUAGAUCGUUCCAUCAAGCUGCUACAGCAUCUCUCUGCAGAAAUUCCACGCAACAAUCCGGUGUUGGACAGCAUGAUGUUCGCACGGCACAAUGCCUCGCAAUGGCAGGACCCUCCAGAUUUUGCCUUCGAGCCCUCGCCAGUAUGGCUGGACGACGAUGUCAUGGCUGCGGAUACAGCGAGCAAAACGUUUCUGAUGAACAUCUUGACAAAGUCGAAGUCGUCCUUGGCCGAGUUGAAUCGCGAGUGUGAAUCACGGCGGCGAGAAGUAGAAGGGGCGAAGCGUGUUCGUCAAGCUAUUCGAGAAGGCAAAGAUAAACGAGACGAAGUUGAGGUGGUUCGAGCUCAAUUUGUCCACCAGGAUAGAUUGCACGAGGCCGAGCGAAAAAGAAUAACCGCAGAGGUGGAGGUGAGCACGAUUCUUGCUGGAGUGGGCGAUGUGGCUAUUGGAGCACGCAAUCACACUUUCAAGAAUCAGACUUACAAGAUUCCCACGAGCUGCGACCUCUGUGGUGACCGGCUAUGGGGACUGAACGCCAAAGGAUUGAGCUGUGACGAAUGCGGAUUCACCUGCCAUACAAAGUGUGAGCUCAAGGUUCCAGCAGAGUGCCCUGGWGAGCUGAGCAAGGAGCAGAAGAAGGCCAUUAAAGCGACGCGGCAAGCUGCUGCUCAAGCCCAGGCAUCGACUCCCAUCGGCCCGUCUUCGAAUGGACAUGCCAACGGUGGAGGCGGACCUUCGCUGCAGCGAAGCGAUACCAUUGGUUCCAUGAACACUCUCAGCUCUGGGUAUGCCGCAAGCGCCAAUCGCAGCGUAUCGGGAAUGACCGUCAGAUCGGUAGACGACGGCUCUCCGGCAGCCCCUGCACCAAAGAUAGGACAAAGGCCUCGUGUGAUGGCGCCUCCUCCUGCCCAGUACAUUGCGAGCAGCGACUCCCCGGAUGAGCAGAGAGGCAAGAUGCUUUAUCCUUACCAGGCCAAUGGCGAGGGCGAACUCACAAUAGCAGAGGGCGAGACAGUCUUCCUUGUUGAGCCCGAUGAUGGUUCCGGUUGGAUCAAAGUGCGUCCAGCAUCUUCAGCGACGGAUGCGGGACUUGUGCCUUCCAGCUACGCUGACUUUAGUGCGCCUGCACCUUCAUCCAGAGCAUCACUUGAGGGUAUACCAGUGUCAAUGGCUGCUUCGGCAUCUACCACAAGUCUUGCCGGCUCAGACACCCCGAGUGUGAAGAAGAAACAAGGACCUGCCGUUGCACCGAGAAGAGGUGCCAAGAAGGUGAAGCAUGUUAUUGCUUCGUAUACAUACCAGGGAUCUGGACCCGGUGAGACCGACAUGGAGGAAGGAGAGAAAAUGGUGCUAAUAGCCCCUGAUCAAGGUGAUGGAUGGGUGGAGGUAGAGUCCCGCGCAGGCAAAGGCGUAGUGCCAGCGAGCUGGAUAAAGGAUGUCUGA